AUGGUGGUCUUCGAAGACCAUGCGCCGAAUGUGGCUGCUACGAUCAUUAUCCUCUCGGCCAUAUCGUUGGUGGUGUUCCCGUUGCGUGUGUACACACGGAUCAGGCAUCAAGCAUGGGGGAUGGAUGACUGGUCUAUGACCUUUGCCGCAAUACCUUAUGCCGCCCUCAGUGUAUUCUGCCUAGGGAGCUCCUUCCUAGGCGUAGGAACGCACAAAGAGAAGCUCGACGCCCACCAGACCGAACAGGGCAUGAUGUGGUUCUUCUUCUUCGAAAUCUUCUUCUGCAUCACCAUCAUCCCUGUCAAGCUCAGCAUCUCCUUCAUGCUGAUCCGCAUCGCUGGCCCAAAGAAGAACUACAAAUACGCCAUCUACGCCAUGUCCACCCUCUUCGUCGUCAUGAACUUGAUCUCCUUCUUCUACAUCAUCUUUCGCUGCGACCCCGUCAGCUUCGCCUGGGACACCACAGUACCCGGCGGCCACUGUUUACCAGCCCAGGAUCUCGCGGACAUAUAUUACGCCGACACUGCUGUCAACAUUAUUACCGACUGGUUCUGCGCGCUGGCACCGAUCCCGCUGCUGUGGAAUUUGAAGCUUAAUACGAAUGCGAAGAUUAGUGUUGGGUUCCUCCUGAGUCUCGGAGUCCUGGCUAGCUUGUCGGCAUGCAUUCGACUGAAGUAUACCGUCAACCUCAACAACUCGGAUGAUUACCUCUACAGCGUCGGCGACGUUAUGAUCUGGGGCUAUGCCGAAAACGGCGUCGGCUUCGUAGUCGGCUGCAUCGCAACUCUCCGUCCCCUCUUCCGCAAAAUGUUUCAGCUCGGCACCACAGACCACUCCAAUAUCAAACUUUCAGGCGGAGCCAACGGCGACCUCUACCGGGGCGGAUCUUCAGGCAUGCCGCAUGCUGGAUCUAAGCGAGCGGCCGCGAAGACGACGAUUACGAGUCAGCUAAGGAAAGGGAGCGAUGGAUCGAAUAGCACGAGUGAGGAGUAUAUUUUGCAGGAUACGAAUGGGUCGAAUAUGAGGAGGGGUAUGAUGGGGAUCCAUGUUAGUCGGACGGUCAUGCAGAGGAGGGAUUGA